AUGGAUGACAGCCUUGAACAACCUCAAGCCCAUGUAAAGGCACCCGAUCCCGACCGCGAGGAUGCCGACGACGCGUCCUCUGGAGACGAAGAUGGUGGGCUGGAUUGGUCAAAGCUUCCCAAAGCGAACAGUGCAGCUAAACCUGUGAUACCUAAGCGAGGGGAGAAGGACUUCGAGCCCACGGAAGGCUCGGGUCUGCAGUCGCAUCAGCUACAGCGCGCGCGCACGGCGAUGUUCGAUGUACUGCGCGCUACUCGUUCGACCACCAUUAAGUCGACGAGUUUCGCCGUCUGGCACCCCACGAUCGCUCGUGCACACGUUACAACUGCGCGCGGCGGGCAUUUCACGACUAUGGGUCACUCUAUUGCACGACCAACUGACAUUGAUCCAACCAAAGUUCAUAAGCGUCUGGAGCUGCUGCCAGAAGAGGCUCUGUAUCUCGUCGAGAAGGGCGCGUUGCAGUGUUGGCGGGCAGUGGAGAAUCUCGAGCUCAAGGGAGAUGAACCUGAAGGAGCUAUGCUUGGCGCACCUAUGAGCGUCCAGGAGGCAUUCUCGGAGAUGCUAGGGCGUGAAGACAUGACGCUUGAGCGUUAUCAAGUAUACUCGUACUUGAAGCGACUGGGAUAUACUGUGACGCGUGCAAACCCGCCAUCAAACGCCUACCCGUCUUCGGCACCAUAUCCGUCGCUUGUCACUCCACAUAAUGGGUCAUCUUUCCUGAGCCGUUUCGUGAGCCACGUUAUAUCGCCAUUUCAGCGAUUGUUCAAAUCACUCUUCCUCCCCGCGCUGGAUUGGUGGAAGCCGCUUGCCCAUAGGAGAUGGCUUCACCACAACAUGGACUACGCUUCGGUGUAUCGUUCACUCCGUCUCAUCCCGGCCGGGCACAGCGUCCCUUUGCGAAGUGAUCCACCGCCAAUAUCUUCACCUUACGAAGUCUUCUAUCACCUAUACAAACCGCCAACCCCAUUCAAGAAGACGGCUCCGCCUCCUCCUGACUUUUGCAUCGUGGUCGUCAAUGCGCGUACAACACCCAUACCAACCUUGACCGAAUUCGACAAGUUGCUGUCAGAACAACCCGAACUUCCCCCGCCAGUCCCGCGCUACCGCAAACCUCCCUCUCAGCAGCCUUCGAACGCAAACACUACGACAGCAUCAAAACCAUCGCUUUUCUCACGCUUGCUGUCGUGGUUACCGGGUCGACAUACAACACCUACCGAUACUCCUCGGCGUGUAAAUCCCUUCAUGUCUCUGCGCCAGGGCAAGAGGAUAGUCGUUGUCGCCGCUGUCGACGCGGGGGUAGCGAGUUUCUUCCGAUUUGGACAGGGAACAUUUGAAGAAUGGCCGAUGGCAUAG